GCUGGAUUUAGUUUGACCGUUUAGUCGAGCUCCAUUAAGCCACCUAUAAUCAGGGAUUUUAGAAAUACUGGGGUCAUGAGUCCCAAACCCCCCCAAUGUACCUCCCACUGCUGCUCCCCCAGGAACCUCCGAACAGACACCAUGAAGAAUUAGGAUUUUCACAUUUGUUUUAUCUAGAUACAAAAAGUCCAAGUAUAAAAUUACUGGAAUCAUCCAAGAAUAUAUAAUUGUAAUAUAUUUUGCAUGGUUUCUUUUGUAACCAGCCAAAGGGGUACCGGAAGCCUUGCAGUUAUUCUAUCAAAAUAAAAUAUGCUUUUGUUUUGUAAAGACUAACCGGGAAGCUUGGACUGUGGUCCUCAGUCUCUCUGGUGUGGGUGACUCUGGCUCUGUGCCAGUCCUCUGUAGAUGAAGAUGUCCCUGGCCCAGCGAGUGCUCCUCUCCUGGAUCUUCGCCCUGAUCUUCCUCAUCAUGCUGGUCCUCAAGCUGGACUCUAAGAUCCACUGGAACUGGUUUCUCAUCUUCCUCCCUGUCUGGACCUUUGACACUAUCCUCAUCCUCAUGCUGAUAGUGAAGAUGGCGGGGCGCUGCAAGCCGGACUUUGACCCCAGGGAUGGCGAGCAGAGCCUGAAGAGGAGGCUGUGGUACCUGACAGCUCUUUUGUUGAAGCUUGCCUUCUGUCUGACACUGUGCUCCCGCCUGGAGAGGCUCACCGAAAUGUGGGUCAGUGUGGUGUGUGUCCCUCUGUGGGUGCUGCUGGGUGGGGCGCUGGUGGAGCUGGGACACAAUGUUUUCCACUACAGGCGGGAAUGAACCAGAGGACUUUGCAAUACAAAGCUUUUGAAAUGUAACAUGGGGGACAAAAACAUUUUAUGCUCGGGCAUCUCCUGCUUGGGAUGCACCAAUCUGAUCCACUGGAUUGGUAUCAGGGUCCAUACUGACCUUAAGUGGACCGGGUAUCGGUCAGACAUGACAUCGACAUUAAAUACAGUUUCUUUGUCAAUGUCGUUAUAAAAUUCACUGUCUGCUAUAAGUUACAUUUAAAUCACAGCAGGGUGCAAAAUUAACUUUUUUUUGUUCACCAGCAAAGAAAUGUUAACGUUUUACCAGCCACUCAAUAGAUGACCGGUGAGUUCUCCAAAGUGUGGUUUACAGGUUUAUGGGGGAAGAAAUAGCCCUAGUAUCGGUAUUGGAAAUCUUGCCACAGUUAGAGCUAAAUGUGUCAUGUGAUACCAAAGAAAAGAUUUACAUACACCAGUCCACAGAGUACAUUAGUGUUCACAUUACUGCCUUCUAAGCUUGUUUUUAGGUUGCAGGAUUUAUUGAAAUGGACUAGGGUAAUAAGAAUUGUGUUUCAUUUAGAUUAGACCUGUUGUACUGCCAAGUGAGACUGGGUUUUAAGAAAUGGAGCUAAGCAAACUGAGACACACAAGAUCUGCUAUUGUGAUCCAAAACCAGUUACUUGCUCCACUAAAUGUUGGUCUUCAAUUCACCUUUUUAGGGAGAGAUCACACACAAAUACAGUGAUGUGGGAUCCUUGUGACACUAAUCGUGCAAUGACUGCAUGAAAUGAUCCAAUCUGCACUAGCAUAGUGUGCCACUGAGCCAUAUAUUAUACCGGUUUGUGAAAUCACUGUUGAAACGUACAACACUAUCUGAUCAUUUCUGUGAAGAAGUUGGAAACCUCACAUCCAUAUAUCAUGGUGCACACAUGUAUUAUCUGUUAGUACCCAUCCCAGGAUGUCCCUCUGCCACUGACACUAUUUGAAUGUAAAUCUUUAACUUCCUCUAAAUAUAGAUGUACUAUUGUGGCACCAAAGUUCACGGCAAUCAAUCCAAUAGUUUUCAGUUGGACCAACAUCAUCUCUUGAUCCAAGCCGCUUAAAGGGCCAGUGUGUUGCAUUUAGGGGGAUUUAUUAGCAGAAAUGGAACAUAAUAUUUUCAUUAGUGUAUAAUCUAAACUAAGAAUUGCUGUUUUCAUUACCUUAAAAUGACCCCUUCAUGUCAUGGUCACGAUUGCCUGAAUGUCCUGAAAAAUACUAUGUUGUUACCAGGGCUUUGCACUAGGUGGCUCUUUACCGCAGUCCUGUAAAGGGAGGGCUGAGCGGAGGGGUAUUGAGUUGGUUGCAUUCUGCAAUCGCAGCGCCAAACCUACACACUGUCCCUUUAAGUAGCUAAAAAGACAAAUACUGAAAAGCAAGAGACACAUUAACACCAAGUCCAUAUUUUUGAACCAUUUAUUGAGAGGUUCUGAUCAGAGUAUAAAUCACACUACCAAGUCUUAUCUUAGGAAAUAAAAUGUAUUUACAACAAAAUUUUCACAUAUAUUGAUUUCAAAUAAAAACAGACAGUAAAUGAUAUAAAUAAGUUCUAUGGAAAAUAAAACUUGUCUUACAAAAAAUAUAUGCAAUUUCUGUAUACAUUUUCUCA